CAUGUUCAAGAUGAGAGAGCCACGACCGUGAGUGAUACGGGCUCAAGUCACUCAAGCUCUAGACCCAAUCAGAGACUUCGGAGUUUGGCCAAAUCGAGAUCAAUACCCCAGGCUAAUCAUGGUGAAUCCUGGACACCCGAGUCGAGGUUGUUAUGCAUGUCGCCGGAAGAAGGUCAAGUGCGACGAAACCAAACCUCAAUGCCAGCGUUGUACUCGGGCGGGAAAUGCUUGCCCUGGGUAUAGAGAUAGCAGUGACUCGUCCUUUCACUUUGUCAAUGCUGCAAAGACCCUGAUAAGUCUUCAAGAAGACCAACGGGUCAAUCAUCCCCGUGUCGACUGUACCCAGAUACAACCUACCGCGUUGAUCGAGCUUCAAAAUGGACAUUUCCCAUCUUCCAGGGAAAGCUCAACUGUCUCUGAGGACACUCAGGAGUUGGCCCUUUCCUUGAUCCAAAGGGCAACCAAGAGCCCAAGCAAUACCUCUGCUAAGCCAUCACCAAGUCCAGCGCUCCAAACCCUGUCGUCUCCCUGGGACGACCUCGCUAUCCCAUUGUUCAUCAAUCUGUUCGCAUCAUCAUCUACCUCGUCCCAUGGUCAAAGUAUCCUCUCGUUUCUCCCAAAUCUCAUCCGGCAAUCAUCCCCCGAUUCUGCAUUAAUGUUGGCCGUCCACGCGGCUGCCGAUGCAAAUGCCUCUGGCAAAUUGACUGACCACAAUGCGAUCUACCAAGCUCGUCGGAAACAUCUCCUGGCCCUUAAUGCCGUCCAGAGAGCUCUUCGGGAUCCCCAGAGUGCCUCGCAGGAUGCUACUCUUUGCUCCUUGUUUAUCUUGACUCUUUUCGAAUACAUCAGUGGAGAUACAGCGUCAAGUCAUGGGUCUCAUAUUAGUGGGUAUGAGGCACUUCUGGACCUUCGAUGCCAAGCAGGCGACCCUCGAACGCAGGACUACACAUUGGUUCUGUCAAUAUUGACUCAAAUCAUUAUUAAAUAUCUGAGAGAGCAAACAGUUCCACGCCCUCGAACAGUACAAAUCAUCGAUGCCCUCUAUGGAAACGACGCAGGGACACUGUCUGUCAAGUUGAAGCUUAGGGUUACACAAUUCAACAACCACGCCGAAAAUAAUCUCAGGGUUGCUCAAAGUUUUCUGCAAGAAGCCGAUAUUCGGGCCCUUGUAACGCUUGUCCACGUUGGUGAGAUGCUUGACGAUGACAUCAAUGACUGGCCUUCUGGAUCCAUCGAUGAAUCACAGUACGCAUACAGCAAGUCCGACCUUGCGUUGAGCGGGUGGUCCGGUCCUUUCCACAUCUACCACAACCUGGCUGUGGCCAACGUGUGGAAUAUGCUCCGCUCAGCAAGACUGAUGCUGCUAAUGUCACUUGUGAAAUGUUGUGUGGGUCUUAUCUCAUUGAAGAGCUCGGAGUCUGAGGCACUGGCGCUUCUGCAGAGGUGCAAAGUCAAGAUCGCAGAGACCUUGGAUGAUAUGGUGGCGAGCUUCCCCUACUCCCUUGGAAGAGGUGAUAUGAAGCACGCGAUGCCGACGGCUGGAAUCGCCACUAGCGGAUUCGCCUUGUUAUGGCCGUUAGGCCUCAUCCUCCGAUGCCCAUUCUCUACUCCAGCACACAAAGCCGUCGCCACUGAGGUGUUGGAGUACAUUGGGGGUGCCUUGGGACUACAGAGAGCCUUGGAUCUGAAAGAAGCAUGGUUGCAUGGUGAUGCCACAGCGACGCGAGUAAGGUCGAAAACCUGACAUUUAGAGACAAUCUUUGAAUCCCAG